UGAGGGCGCUUGAUAAAAGAUGGCGGCGUCCAUGGUAAACUGAUCGAAAGUCGUAUCGAGAAGAUUUCAGAUUUUUUAUCUGCACCUACUACAUGUAGGCCUACCCUGCGCCGUUAAGUGUUGUUGAAAUUCAGUCACCACAAUGGAUUUGAAUCCUGAUGCAGAUCUUGCCGUGCGAAAGAAGAAAAAGAAGAAGAAGAAAAGGAAACAUGCAGAGACUCCAGCGGACUAUGCCUGGAUAAAAACUGAGCCUGAGACUGAGUGGUUGAGUGUACAAAGUCAGAAUCUUGACUUUGGGACCAUAGACAACAACCGAACCCUUGGUGCUCCCAAGGAAACAAGGAAGAAAAAAAAGAAGGUGAAAUCUGAAGACCCAGUGGAAAAUGUGCCCAGUGUGGAUGCAGAAAUGGUGUGUGAUUUUGGCAUCUCGGAUAGCACUGAUCAUUCAGAUGAGGCAAAGCAGAUCCUUAAAAAGAAAAGGAAGAGGAAAAGAAAACGCUCUAUUCUCCAGGAAGCACAGUCCGAGGAGACAAGUUCUAUAGCGGGGGAUUCACAGCAGGAGGUUCAAGAUGGAGUUGAGGACUGUCCCUUGUCUUUCCGGGCUGAACCUCAAUCACACAAAUGCAAGAAGAACAAGAAGUGUAAGGUACAAGAGCAGCCGUCUCCAGGAACAUUAACGGCAGAUGUGGCCGAGUCACAACACAUAAUGCCUGCUGUUUCAGAGGCGACUAAGGAGAAAGUUGCUGAUAAAAGCCGCAAGAAAAAGAAACACAAGGCAAAAGACCAUCUUGACAGUCCGAUGAGUACCGAUGCGGAUGGAGACCAGACUUCAGGGAAGAUUACUGUGACUGACACAACUGAGGAUGAUGCAAGGCAUAAGAAGAGAAAAAGGAAAGCCCAGGACAAGCUCAAUGAACUGCACUACGAGGAACCCCAAGGGCUGGCAGAUGCUAAUUGCAAAAAUCAAGAUGACUUGGUCUCAGAGGGUGUGGGAUACCCUGUGCGAAUAAAGAAAGGAAAAAGAAAGAAGAAAGAUUUGGAUGAGCAUUUGCAAACAGGAGGGAGUGCCGAAUCACAGAUUUCUCCUAAUACUGUGGACAUGCAGGAGAAGCUGUCAUCGCAAGAGGAGGAUCCCAAACCCAGGAAGAGAAAAAAGAAAUCCACUGGUUGGAACAAUGGUAAUGAUGACCCCAUAUGUCUGCAGUCGUCUGAAAUAGAGAUUGGUCAGAGUGGAUGCUCCAAAGCUCCGGCUGCUGACAGGUUGUUGGAGGCCAAAGCAUCGGUCUUUGCUGGCAAGAUGGGGUGGUCCUCUGCUGCGGAAGAAGAGGACGAGUCAUGGAUUCAGGAUCUUCCUUUCUACGUAGGAACUUCCACGUGUACUUCCUUGCGUAGAAAACCAAUACAAAAAGAAGGAGUCGUGCUUAAAAAAGGAUAUUGGAAAGGUCACGAGGACAAGAUCUUGAGAGAAAACAUUGAGAACUUCUGCAAAGGGGAAACAGGCUCCAGUACUUGGCUUCAUCUCCAUCUCAGGCAUCACCCACUGUUUUACCUCCCUGACGUUGAAGUCCUUGGUUCAAUAAUAAGUCAUAUGUACUGCCAUCCAAGUGUUGAAACUAUGUGCCAUCCACCUUGAGCGGAAGCACUCCCUCAUCCGUUGAACAGAGCCAGAAAUAUGGCAUUGACGAUGUGAAGAAGGUAACCCACCCGCACCUGUUUGAAGAGAAACAAGCUCUCCUAUGUCUCAUACAGCAGAAGA